UUUCUCCUUUUUCUUCCAUCCCAUAAAAGCACCCUUCUGCCAUCACACUGCAUUAAUCUCUCAAACUUCUAGCAAUGGCUGCAUCUUCAUCUCUGUGCAAACCCUCUUCUUUCAAUUUGAUUUCCAUCCUCAUCUUCACCUGCUUCAUGUACUCAGGAUAUGGGCAGAAUCUUCCAACUACCACCCUUGCAAAAGUUCUCUCGUGUUUCAACAACAAAUUGAUUUACAGUGCGUGUAAUGAGGAAUACAGAUUGAAUGAGAGUGGAGAGCUUCAAGUGCCAGUUGAAGCAACAGAGCUCUUUUGCAGUGGACCUUGCCUGGGUGAAACGGAGUCAGUGCUCAAUUGUGUUGAUAACACUUUCUCAAACUUCAUAUUCUACAAUAGGGCGACUGUGCAGGCCGUCAGAAAUGUUCUCAAUUCCGGUUGCAGCUUCAGCACCCAAAGAGCAGGGAACUUCAAUGUUGGAGAGUACCUACAAGGUUUAGGUGAUAUAAGCUCUGCAGAUAGGUUGUCUAAUUUGAUCUGCUUCACUGCAUUCGCGUUGAUUAUUGGAUGUUAUAUCUUGAUCUUCUAGUUGCUCUAUGUCCAUGGAAAAUCCCCAAGAACGUGAGCAGACAGCAGAAGGGGGAGAGCCAAAGACGGUCUGCUUCUGUACAAUAUUACCUUGGUCCUAGCUAGUUUUACUUUUGCAACGACAAUCCUUGAUGAAUUCAAAACCUAAAAAUUACUGUCAUAUGUAUUCUGAGCAAGUCUAUGAC